AUGCUCCGGGUGUUCGUACACCGCAGGCUACACAUUCCGCUUUGCUGUUGCUCUCUGAAACCCCUUGCUGCUGCUGCUGCUGCUGCUCCCCCCUCAACAGCAGCUGCUGCUCCUGCUGCAGUGACCACUGGUCAUUCUCCUGCUGCUGCUGCUGCUGCUGCUUUCCCCUUUACUGCUUCUCGCACCUUCCCUAGGGCCUGCUUCCUCCAGAGGCGGCAGCAGCAGCUGCUGCUGCUUCCCGCGGUCUCACCGUUGCUGCAGCCGCAGCAGCAGCAGCAGCAGCAGCAGCAGUGUCUACUGCUUUUGCACGUCCGCAGCCUUCAGGAGGCCCGCCGGCCUCCAGAAGCCAGCAGCAGCAACAGCAGCGACAGCAGCACUAACAGCAGCAGUAGCAGCAGCAGCAGCAGCAGCGAGGGCGACCGCAGCAGCACGAGCAGCAGCAGCAGGAACUGCUGCAACGGGAGCAGCAGCGGCGAACCCUCUGCAGCAAAAAUGAAGCAGCAAAGGAAAAUGUAUGAAGAGGGGCGUCACAAGCACGCCCACCACGCCACUUUGAACUUCACGAAGUGGGGCCUUUCGGAGUGGAGCAACUUCUCCGCGCUGCUGUGCGCGCUGGACUGCACUUUGCUGCCGCUCUUUGCUGCUGCUACUCCAUUUUUGGGUUUUGUUGCAGACCAGCAGCACUUGCUGCUGCUGCAUGCAGCCUCCAAAUGGGAGGGGAAGCCUCGCGCAGCAGAAGCAGAACGUCCUGCUGCUGCUGCUGCAGCAGCUGCUGCUGCUGCUGUCCCCAGGGUCACCUUGCCGGGCUUGGGCAGCCUGCUGCAGCAGCAGCUGCAGCAGCAGCAAGAAGAGAGAGAGGGCCUCCCGUGGCUCCACCGCCUUUGCUGGGAGAUUGUGGGGGGCCCUGCUGCUCAAGAAAAGCUGCAGCAGCAGCAGCAGCAGCAGCAGCAGCAAACGGCGUUGGGAGCUCCUGAUAUGGACGAAGAGCUGGCCCCCGUUUGCAGAAGUGCAGCAGAGCUGCUGGCAGCAGUUCUAGGGGCUCUUGCUGCUGCUCACGAGGACGCGGCCAACGCAGCAGCAGCAGCAGCAGACCCUGCUGCAGCAGAAGAGGCAGCAACAGCAGCAGCAACUGAGAGCCUGCUGCAGCUGCUGGGGCCUACUCGUGUUGCUGAUGCUCACAGAAUAGCAGCAAGAGGAGCAGCACUAAUUGAUGCUGCAGCAAGGCUGCAGAUGUCUACAGAGCAGCAGCAGCAGGAGCAGCAGCAGAAGCAGCAAAGAGCAGGGCCCACACUCAUUGGAGCCUCCGUGAAGUUUGUUUCCAGCAAAAACCGAAAAGGCGGGGGAGACGCAGGGCCCCCCCGAGGCCUCUUAAGGGCCCUUGCUGACGCAGGGUACUUCAAGCUCCCCCCCCUGGCGCCCGCGCCUCCGCCUCCGCAGCAGCAGCAGCAGCAGCAGCAGCAGGAGUCCCUGUUUGCUGCAGCGGUCUCCGUGCUGGACGCCUACGCGCUGCUGUCCCCCCGCAAAGGCCUUUGCGGCUGUCUCCCCGAAGGCUCGAAAGUCACUGACAGCAAAACGGCCUACGAGGUCUUCAUCCCAGCCCCCACGCCCGCCCCCGUGCGCCCUGCUGCUGCUGCUGCUGCUGCUGCUGCUGCUGCUGCUGCUGCUGCUGCUGCUGCUGCUGCUGCUGCUGCUGCUGCUGCUGCUGCUGCUGCUGCUGCUGCUGCUGCUGCUGCUGCUGCUGCUGCUGCUGCUGCUGCAGCUGCUGUUGCUGCUGCAGCAGCUGCAGUAGCAGCAACAGCAGCAGUAGCAGCAGCAACAAUAGCUGCAGCAGCAGGAGCAGCAGCAGCUGCAGCAGCAAGAGCAGCAAGAGCAGCAACAGCGGCUGCAGCAGCUGCAGUAGCAGCCGCAACAGCAGCAGCAGCAGCAACAGCUGCAGCAGCAGAAGCAGCAGCAGCUGCAGCAGCAGCUACAGCAGCAGCUGCAGCAGCAGCUGCUGCUGCUGCCGCUGCUGCAGCUCUUGCAGCAGUUGCUGCUGUUGCGCUGCAGGCGGCUCCAUCUUGCUCCAGCCGUGAGGAAAAGCAGCAGGCACUCACGCAGCAUAAACUACAGCAUUUGCUGCAGCAGCAGCAGCAGCAGCAGUGCUGCUGCUGUAUGCAGCCAAAGCCCCGCACCAGCAGCAGCAGCAGCAGCAGCAGCAGCAGCGGCGGCGGCGGCGGCGACGGCGACAGCAGCAGCAGCAGCAGCAGCAGCAGCGAGUUCGCGUGUCCUGCUGCGAAGCACUUCAAGGCGGUGUACAUAGCGCCGCUGAAGUCCUUAGCAGCAGAAGUGACGGGGAAGCUGCGGGCAGCUCUGGGGCCCCUUGGAGUUGCUGUUGCAGAAGCUUCUGGAGAUGUUUGUUUGUCGAAAAAAGAAAUUGAAGAAACUCAUUUGUUUGUUGCAGUUCCCGAAAAGCUGGACAUUCUGACCCGCAACAUGUGCGCCUGGGGCGAGCCCGACAGCAGCAGCAGCAGCAGCAGCAGCAGCAGCAGCAGCAGCUUGUUGGACGCGAUAAAGUGCGUCAUCAUUGAUGAAGUUCAUCUUUUAAAUGAACCUCGAGGGCCUGUCAUUGAGGCCCUCGUGGCUCGGCUGUUGAGACACUCCGAAAGGACUCAAAGAAGAGUCCGCCUCGUCGGCAUUUCCGCCACUCUCCCCAACUGGGAGGAGGUGGCUCGUUUUUUGUUGGUGUCCCCGGAGCACGCGUUUUACUUUGGGCCGGAGACUCGGCCAGUGCCGCUGCAGCAAACCUUCAUCGGAUUGAAAGAUGUGGGGCGCAGCAAGCAGCAGCAGCAGCAAGCGUUUGAUGCUGCAGCAUUUGCUGCAGUGCUUUCCGCAGUGCAGCGGGGCCACCAGGCCAUGGUGUUUGUGCAUUCGCGGCAGGGAACAGUGGCAGCAGCAGAAGCGUUUGCUGCUCUUGCUGCUGCUGCGGGGCAGCAGCAGCUGUUUGCUGCUGCUGCAGCGAACCCCACGGCGCAGCAGCGGCAGCUGCUGCAGCAGCUGCUGCAGCGCUCCCGCUACCGCGAACUCAAAACCCUAGCAGCAAAAGGCUUCGGAGUCCAUCAUGCAGGAAUGUUGAAGACAGAUCGGAAACUUUCUGAACAACUUUUUAUUUCCAAAGUUUUCAAAGUUUUGUGCUGCACUUCAACUCUGGCUUGGGGGGUGAACUUGCCCGCGCGCUGCGUGGUGAUCCGCGGCACGCAGGUCCACGCAGCAGCAGCAGCAGCAGCGGGAGGCGCAGCAGCAGCAGCAGCAGCAGACUUGGGGCCCCUCGACGUGGCGCAAAUCUUCGGCAGAGCCGGGAGGCCCCAGUUCGACUCCAUGGGCGAAGCUGUGCUGCUGACAGAAGCUGGGAGACUGGACUCGACGGACUUGGGAAGAAUGGCAGCAAAGUUUUAUUUGGAUUUCGAAACAGCAGAAAAGUUCGCGCUGCGGCUCUCGGAGGGGCCCCUCACUGCUGCUGCAGUGCUGCGGACUUUGGCGGAGGCGAAGGACUUCGAGGGGCUGCGGGUGCGGCGCGAGGAGCAGGACGAGCUGGACCAGCUGCGCUGCAGCAGCAGCAGCAGCAGCAGCAGCAGCAAGGGGCGGGGCUGCUGCCGCAUUCCCUGGAAGGGGGACCCCGACAGCACGGAAGGCAAAGUCUUCACGCUGCUGCAGGUGCUGCUGUCGGGGGCCCCCCUUUGCUGCUCCUCUCUUGCUGCUGAUGCUCACUAUGUGUUUAUGAACUGCGGGCGGCUGGCGCGGGCGCUGCUGGCAGCAGCUUUGGCGGAGAGCAGCAGCAGCAGCAGCAGCAACAGCGAAGACGCAGAGCUGCUGCUGCAGUGGUGCAAAGCCUUCGAAAGAGGCUUCUGGCCAGACUCUUGUGUGCUGCGGCACUUCUGCGCGCUGGACUGCUUCUCGCGGGACCCGCAGCAGCGGCGGCGCGCGCAGCAGCAGCUGCAGCAGCACAGCAGCAGCAGCAGCAGAAGCAGCAGGAAGUUUGAACUCAGGCCCCAGGCCGUCGACAAAAUCGAAAAGCUCCGCUUUUCUCAAGAAAGACUGCUGGCCUUAACUGCUGCUGAACUGGGGGCCAUCUGCAGCAGCAAAGCUGACGGCGAAGACGCCUACUGGGCGCUGCGGCGGGUGCCUUUUGUUGCUGCUGCAGUGUCUGUUGCUGCUCUCGGCAGCAGCAUCAUUCGCGUCACUGUGCUGCUUAAGUUUGCUGCUGGCUUCCAGUGGACUGCAGCAAUCCACGGCGGCGGGGAGCUGUUUCACUUGUGGCUGUCGGACGCGCGCAGCGGGCUGCUGCUGCACCAGGACACCGUGCUGCUGCAGCAGCAGCACGUGCAGCAGCAGCAAAAGGUUUCCUUCGCGCUGCCGCUGCAGGACCCCCUCGGCCAAACCCACUUUGUUGCUGCUGUCUUGAGUGACCGCUGGGUGGGCGUGGGGACGCAUGUGCCUUUUGCUGCUUCACAGCUGUUUUCGCCUGCUGCUGCAGCAGCAGCAGCAACGCCGCUGCUGGACGUGCACCCCGUGCCCGUUGCUGCGCUGCAGCAACCCAGCUUCGAAGCUCUUUUCCCAUUUUCUUUUUUUAAUCCAAUUCAAUCUCAACUCUUCCACGUUUGUUACCACACGGACUACAAUGUGCUGCUGGGGGCCCCCACGGGAAGCGGCAAGACCAUAGUGGCUGAGCUCGCCAUCCUGCGCUGCAUCAAGCAGCAGCAGCAGCAGCAGCAGCAGCAGCAGCGGCUGCGCAACAAAGUGGUCUACAUCGCCCCCCUCAAGGCCCUAGCAGCAGAAAGAGUUAGGGACUGGGAGCAGCGGCUGGGGCGGCAGCUGGGGCUGCGGGUGCUGCAGCUGACGGGCGACUCCGACGAGCCGCCAGCAGCAGCAGCAGCAGCAGCAGACGUGAAUCCUGCUGCAGCAGACCUGCUCGUCUGCACUCCCGAAAAGUGGGAUGGACUGUCUAGACAGUGGAGGACCCGCCCCUUCAUCUCUCAAGUGGCACUUCUCAUCAUCGACGAGAUCCACCUCCUUGGCCAGGAGAGAGGUCCUGUGCUGGAGGCCAUAGUGAGUCGCAUGCGUUUCGUGAGCAGCACUUCCGGCGUUUGCAUGCGUUUUUUGGGGCUUUCCACCGCGCUGGCCAACGCGGCCGAAAUUGGGGCUUGGCUGGGCAUUGGCCGCGUCGGCCUUUUCAGCUUCCGCCCCGCAGUUCGCCCUGUGCCCUGCGCAGUCCACAUCGCUGGGUUUGGGGUGAAGGCUUCGGGCUAUGGUCUCCAGGGUUUCCGGCUGGGAGGGGAGGGUUGCGGGCUGGGGCUCCUGGACCCCACACUGCGUUCGGUGCUGCUGCACGGGGUGUCUAUACACCACGCGGGCCUCAGCCCCUCCGACCGCGAGGUGUCUGCGCAGCUCUUCUCUUUGGGCUGCGUUUUGGUGCUUGUGGCCACUGCCACUUUGGCCUGGGGGCUCAACUUGCCCGCCAGGCUCGUCGUCAUCAAGGGCACGGAGUACUUCGACGCCAAGACGAAGCGCUACGUAGAUAUGCCCAUCACCGACGUGCUGCAGGUGCUGCAGUGUCCCUUUUUGUUUAGCAUUAUAUUUAAUUAUUCAGCAGCAGCAGCAGAAGCAGCGACAGUAGCUGCAGCAGCAGCAGCAGCUGGAGCCGCAGCAGCAUCAGCAAUAGGCUUAUCCUUCCUAUGGGUUUGUGUGUUGCAGAUGAUUGGGCGCGCGGGGCGGCCGCAGUUCGACACUGCAGCAGCAGCAGUGGUGUUGUGUCAGGAGAAGCAAAAAGGGUUUUUAAAACGUUUUCUUUAUUUGCCAUUUCCUGUUGAGUCUUGUCUCCAUCUUUGUCUUGCAGAACAUUUAAAUGCAGAAAUUGUUGCAGAGACCAUCCGCAGCAAAACCAUAGCUCUCGAGUACCUCUCCUGGACCUACUUUUUCAGGCGACUGGCUUCAAACCCGGGCUACUACAGUUCGGAGCUGCUGGCUGAAGACUGCCGCGGGGGAGGAGCAGCAGCAGCAGAGCGCCGCCGCAAUUUAAUUUGCUGCUACUUGGAUGGUUUGGUGAGUAGGGCUUUGGAUUUGCUGCUGGAGUUGGGCUGCAUCCAGCUGCGGCUGCCGGACCCGCAGCAGCACCAGCAGCAGCAGCAGCAGCAGCGGCUCCAGCAGCAGCAGCAGCAGCAGCAGCAAGAGCAAGGGGAGGGCGGCGAGGCGGGCGGCGAGGAGGCGCUGACGGGGUUUCGGCUGGUGCUGCAGCAGCAGCAGCGGGAGAAGCAGCAGCAGCAGCUGCAGCAGCUGCUGCUGGAGCCCGUGAUUGAGCCCACGCCCCUCGGCCGCAUCGCCUGCUUCUAUUACAUAAAACCCCAAACAGCAAAAAGAAUAAAAGACAAGAUGCAGCAGGAAGUUCUUUCUUUUGUCGAAAUCCUGAAGCUGCUCGCAGACGCAGACGAGUUCGACGAAAUGCCCGUCAGGCACAACGAGGAGAUCCACAACCAGGAGUUGUCUCAGAUAUGCCCCUUUCCCGUCUCCGACGAAACUUUCGAGUCUCCCCACACGAAGACCUUUUUGCUGCUGCAGGCGCGGCUCUUCAAAAGGCCCUUGCCAAUCACAGAUUACAACACCGACCUCAAGAGCGCCCUCGACAACUCCAUGCGAAUCAUACAGGCGAUGAUUGAUGUUGCUGCUGAAGAGGCGCAGCUGCAGCACGCGCUGUACACUUUGCUGCUGCUGCAGUGCCUCCGUGCUGCAACACAUCCCGCCCGCAGCAGUCUCUUUUGGCUGCCGCACAUAACAGACGAAGCAGCAGCAGCGCUGCAGCAGCAAGGGCUGCUCUCCCUUGCCCACGUGCGCCAGGGGCCUCGCUUUAGGCUGCUGGAGUGUCGUUCGCCAUCUCGGGCUCUGGAGAGAGCCGGCCUCAGUUCAAAAGAAAGUCAGGAAGUAAUUUCAGUUCUUUCUAGAAUCCCCAGAGUCCGCAUGCGGUAUUUCCUUUAUGCUGCUACUGCUGCUGCUGCAGCAGACACAGCAGCAGCAGCAGAAGACGGAGCAGCAGCAGCAGAAGACGACGGAGCAGCAGCAGCAGCAACAGAAGGCGAAGACGCAGCAGCAGUAGAGGAGGAGAUUGUCUUCAAUCGGCUAGAGCCACAAGUCAUCAAAGGGCCAGAUGGAGAGCCCACGCGGGCUUACCUCGUCCCUGCAGCAGCAGACCUGCAGCUGGAGGUACACCUGAAGGCUUUGGGACCAGCAGCAGAAGGAUCUUCUGUGGCCAAGGGGGGCCCCAGCUCUAGCUGGUUCGUGAUACUGGGGGAUGCUGAUGAGGCAGCAGAUGAACUCGUGGCGCUGCGCCGCGUGCGCCUGAAGCCCCUUGGGCGCACGCAGUUAACUCUAGACUUUUCAGCCCCUGAGGAGACAGGCGAAAUCUUCACUUUGUCUCUUUUCUUGUCCAGCGACUUUUACUUCGGCAUAGACCAACAAACCACCAUUACUUUCAAAACCUACUAA